AUGAGCGGAAAAGAAAACAUUGAUGUCUCCAAUAUUGACCCUGAAAUGACAGUAGAAGACUACUUAAGAAAGCAAUGCAACGAUCAGAUAGAACGCUUAAAAGAACAUGCAAACCAGCUUGUUCAGCAAUUCCAGCAAGAAUCAGCAGAAGUUCGUGAGAAACUUGUGCAAAGACUCGAACAGAAUACAAAUUGUUAG